CCUGUAUGGACGGUAAAUCACAUGACUCUCAGCCAGACCCUCUGCUUUAUACUUUUUUCAACAUGUCAUUAACUAUUUCAUCUCCACCUUUUUUUUUUUUUACUUUGACCAAACAUUCCUCUCCAUCAUGUCACCUUACCGAUCACAUGCAUGGAUUAUUUCAAUCAUCAAUUUAGUAAGCAGCGAAUAAAUUCCUUGAAAUAAAACUUACAGCAGUGUGCUCCAGAGAAGAAAAAAACAAACUACAACUCCCUGCAGGCUCAGCGGCAGCUGACCACGCCCCCAAACAAUAACAGCAACCAAUAGGAACGUAGAGGCGUCGAACGUGAGCUUUAGAAUCCGCGGAUAACCUGAUAAGAGGUGAUAACAGCCCUGGAAUUCCUUUAUUGAUACAGUUACAGCAGAGGUAAGCAGAUGGAAUGCAGGCAGGGUGAACGGCAUGAUGGGUAAAUGCUGGUACAGGUGGUGAUCUGGUGAAGCUAUCCAUGCAGGGGGCGUAACUUGUGUGUUGUGUAACCUUGUAAAGCCAACAACGUGUUUCUGUGAUUGCACUAUGUAACACCAGCAGAUAUUUGCACGUAUAGUCACACAUGCUGGAAAGUAAAUGUAAAAUAUUUUUAUUUAAAACUGAUUUAAGAAGAUCACACUAUUCUACAAUAUGUUGUGGCUUGUUUGAGAGAGUGUAAUGUAAAUUGCAUAUUACAUAAAACCACCACCAACUAGGAUUAUAUGAGAUUGUCAUUAAACUAUCAAAGCUGGUUUGUAUUUAUCCAAAAUGUUGCUAAUUGUGCAUUGUGCUGAAAAGUCAGGUUGUGACUUAGAAACUUUUUCCAUAUCACCUAUUUUAGCCUGAACUGAGCCAUUUGUUUUGCAUAAAUUUGGACUCGGAAUUACAGAAUGGUCAAUGUACCCGUCAACUUUCUAAUUAUUUAUGUAAAACCUUUUACAAAAAUGUUCUGGUUAAAUAUAUAGGCAUAUACUCAUAAUAAACUAAUAAGAACAACAAAUACAUUUGACUUGUAAAUACAGACUUGAAAUAAAAAAAGAAUUGAUCUGAUGUUUUAUAAACUAAGACAUUUUUUAGAAAAGCAUAUUUUCUGCACUGUACAUUCACUAAAAUAGGAAUUUAUAUAAUGAAUACCUCGGUAAAGCAAGAUGUGAGAAUGCUGUGGGAUUCACACUGCUCUUGCAUUCCACAAAUUAUAGGGCCUUGAUUGGUUGAGGGAUCUCUGUCAAUUCCUGGUUUCUGUUGGCCUAAUAUCCAAAGCAACAGGUAUCCAAAUAGACAUUCGGGUAUAAUUUUGGUACUGCAUGAGAGAGGUGAAAAUGCACCGCACUGUGUUAAUUUAUUUUGCAUUACAAAGAAUUCCUCUGCGUCUUUUGGGGUUUUAAUGACUUUGUUCAUUCCCUUUUAGUGUUUCCGGCAAUAUGCCUGAAGGUCCAGAGCUCCAUCUUGCCAGCAUUUUUGUUAACACUAGAUGUGCCAAUUUGCACUUUGCGGGUGCUGUAGAAAAAUCUGAGGUCAGUAAGAACCCAGAGGUUCCUUUCUGCUGCCCUGACUACACAAUCAGCUCAGUGUCUCGUGGAAAAGAAGUGAAGCUCAUCCUUACUCCGGUAGAAGAAGGACAUGAGCCCACCCACAUUCUCUUCCGAUUUGGUAUGUCAGGAAGUUUCACCAUGACGAAUGAGGACGAAAUCCCCAAACAUGCCCACUUACGUUUCCACACAAAAGGUGUUCCUCGCCAAGUUCUUUGUUUUGUGGAUCCCAGGCGCUUUGGUUCCUGGGAAGUGAACGGUUCGUGGCAGCCAGAACGUGGCCCAUGUGUAAUGCAGGAAUAUGAAAAAUUCAGGUACGGGUGAGAAGAUAAUGAGAAUAUUUUAAGGGAAACUUGUCAGUGUUCUUUAAAAAAAAAAUAAAAAAAAGUUAAAAAUAUAAAAGGGGAGGACUCUGCUGGUUUACAUAGUGAUAAGUCCAUAACUAUCUUUAAUAAAUCUCUCCCAAUGUGUAUUUAUAUAGAGUGUUGUUAUUUACCUAGUCUAGAAAUGGGUCAACUAAGAUGCAGGAAGAUAUUUGACAGAGCAUCAGAUCAGCAAAAGAAUUCUCUUAAUUUUAAAAAAUUUUUUUUACAUGAUUGAUACCUAUUGUAGAGUAAAAGGGGAAAACAAAACAUUUUCAACACCGCUUCACCCAUGGGGUGUUUGCUUAUUGAAGAAUGUUUCAGCUGUGCCAUCAAAUUUCAUUCUUUUACGAUCUUCCUUUUUAUUUAUUCAGGGAGAACGUCUUGAAAAAUCUGUCCGACAAAGCCUUUGAUAAACCGAUUUGUGAGACUUUACUUAACCAGAAAUACUUCAAUGGAAUCGGGAACUACCUGAGGGCAGAGAUCCUGUUCCGGUGAGAGCAGAACUAUGUAAAGAAUGAGAUAUGUGGGGAGAUGAGGUGGCAGUAAUGGUAACUAAAGAAAAUGCCUGAUUAGGGAAUUGAUUCUUAAUUCUUGGGUUAGGCCUCAAAUUGAAUUUUAACUUUUUAUUGGUUGGAACAGACCUGUCUUAUUCAUCAAACCCUAGAUGGCUGUCUCACAUAUUGCUUUAGGAAACGUGCUAUGUCAUGUUUUUUUCUUCAGUAGUUGCUUCUACUUAUCUGUGUUUUUUAUUUCCUCAUUGGCCAUUGUAUGCCUCUCUUUAAAGGUUACAGAUUCCUCCAUUCAUGCCGGCUCGCACUGUGCUGGAAGCUGUAAAGCUACACAAUCAGGUCAGAUGUUAUCUCAGAUGGUCCAUCAUGUCACUCAGAAAUCUGUACUAUACGCUUGUUGGCAAAAAGAACUUCUGUUUAACUGCACUCUUUGUCCAGAUGUCCAGGUAUUUCUCUUUUGUGCUCUAGUUUCUUUAAAAAUGAAUCCAGUUAAUUGGUAUAUUUGCUCCGUCUUUGUGGAUUAAUUUGCCAGAAUAUAUUCUGCUACUGUGGCUUUUAAAGCAAAGUAUUUCAAGACCGAAAAUAGGAUCUGGUGCAAGUUCCUUCCAUGGAUCAUCAUUCACAACACAAUAAAUUGCAAAUUAUCACCUUGACCUACAGAGCCCUUACUAACUAACCCUAGCCACACCUACCUUGGCUGUGACUCUUAGAGCCAUGGAAAAAAGUUUUUUACAGUACCGUGUGUUUACUUUAAAAUACCUCCCAUUUUGUUAAUUGAACUUUAAUCACACACAGGAGGCUGGUGAAAACUUUAGCAGGCAUUUAACAGAACAGGAGAUAAUAACUUCUAAAUUAAACACACUUUGCAAUAAGGAAAGCUAGAACACAUGGGGUUUGUAUGGAGGCUGUGUGAGUCACAGUUGGAGAAGGUAUCCCUGCAAUAUAAACAAAGUGAUUGAACUCCUAAAUGACAGAUAAUUGAUUAGUGAGAAUGUGGGGCAUGAUUUAUACACCAAACCUGCUUCAGUCAGCUAAAGUGGUCUUGUGCUUAGUGUCCCUUUAAAGUCGAACAGCAUAUGCAAAAACAUAAUUAAUGCAUCAAUACCAACAUGCACACAUUCUGCGAAGAGUUAAAUAAUUUGUUUCCAUUUGUUUUUGUGGUUUAAAUGCUGGUACAAUACAUUUUUAUGUAGAUGAAUGUUAAAAGGAUACUGUAGUGCCAGGAAUACAAAGCUGUAUUCCUGGCAACAACCCUCCCCACCGCCCUCCGACUAGUAAAUUUAACCCCUUUAUUUACUUACCUUUUCCCAGCGCCAAUGUCCGUCCGCACUGAGGCGAUGCUCCGCCCCCUCCUUCUGAACCAAUGCUUUCCUAUGGGGGAAAACUGACGCUCAUGGAGAGCUUGAGGACGUCCAGAGUCAGAUACCGGACCAAAGGUCUGUUUCAAUUCAGGAAGCCCUCUAGUGGCUGUCUGGUAGACAGCCACUGAGGGCAGACUUAGAGCUGCAAUGUAAACCUUGCCGUUUCUAUGGAACAGCAAUUUUUUUUACAUUGCAGCACUAAGUGCACUUCAGUUAGCUUAAAGGACCACUAUAGACAGUGCACCUGGACCAUUUCAGUUAGCUUAAAGGACCACUAUAGGCACCCAGACCACUUCAGCUCAAUGAAGUGGUCUGGGUGCCAGGUCCAUCUAGUGUUAACCCUGCAGCUGUAAACAUAGCAGUUUCAGAGAAAUGUUUUACAUAUGGGUUAAUCCAGCCUCUAGUGGCUGUCUCACUGACAGCCGCUAGAGGCGCUUCCGCGCUUCUCACUGUGAAAAUCACAGUGAGAAGAUGCUGACGUCCAGAGGAAAGAAUUAAGAAAUGCUUUCCUAUGGACUGUUUGAAUACGCGUGCAGUUCUUGCCGCACAUGCGCAUUCAAAGCUGACAUCGGGAGAGGGAGGAGAGUUCCCCAGCGCCGAGGGAGCCCGGCGCUGGAUUAAGGUAAGUGUUUAACCCCUUCAGCCCAGUGGGAGGGGGGCCAUGAGGGUGGCAAGUUUGUUUUUCUGGCAAUAUAAAGGUCCUUUAAGUGGUCAGGGUGCCUACAGUGUCCCUUUAAUAAAUGAUAUAAUUUUAAUCUUUCAGCCAUCACCUCCAAACUCCCCCUGCUACCUCUUGUCUCAAAUCCCCAUGGUAUCCUUUAGAUUGAAGGCUCACGGGCCAUCUAGCCAAGCACUUUGUAUAAAAGAGCUCCAAUGGCUAGAUAUCAGCUUACGGGCAGGGCUCUUUCUACCUCUUGUAUUUGUCUGUGUAUAUUGUACGUUUCUCCACUAAUUGGACAGCGCUGUAGAAUCUGUUGGCGCUUUAUAAAUAGCAGUAAUAAAUAAAUAAUCCUUUUUAAAAUGUUAAGCUGCUAACUUUAUAUCUUUGAUUCUGUUAGAUACACAUUUGUGUUUAUAUACGAAUGUGUCAGUUGCCAGCAAUUCAAGGUUGACAUGGCAAACAAGGGUUAGAAAAGAAACCGUGCCAAUCGGAUCCCUCCUGGCACACUAGAAAAAAGGCUUCAUUAAACCCGGAUAAUAUACAAACAAGCCACACAAGACCUACAUCAAGAUUAUAUUUCUCUUUUCAGAUCUUAAACCAGUUGUUAAUGUCUUUAGUCAUUGUAGAAGAAACCUGCAGUGUUACAAUAUUACAAGGGCAGUGUGUAACGGAUCCCUUAUACUCGGGCUGAGUAUAUCCGUGAAGAGUCUCCUGAAAUCCAAGCAUAGAAGUGAUUUACAGUGAAUAUAGCUCACAAUCCCCCAAGACUUCAUGAAGGGGUAAUCCAAAUGUGUUUUAAUGGUACCCACAACUGGCCUUUUAUGCAAGUCCCCAUCCAAGGGGUACUCCCCCCUGGACCUGAGAGUAGACUGCAGUACAAUCACACAGGCUCUCAGGUCCAGGACACUCCCACAUAAAACAGGAUAAUUUCUCAUCUGUACCUGGGAGAUAAGUGAGUUAAGUACUGUAUUAAACUCCAUUAUCUCCAGGUACAAAAAACAUCUCGUAAAAAUGCUUUAUAACACCAACGGGGUGAAGAUCUGACUGACCGCUCUUGAGGCACCUGCCCAAAUCAGUUCCACAGUUUCCGAGGUGGUGGUCGGUCAAGUUCGGGAGUUAUAAAAAUGAAUGAAAAGACGUACUGUUCCCCUGGCUCAUUAGCGUUUAGCGUUUGUUUUUUGAGAUCCGUUCGAACAAACCUACCAAACAGCGCUCUCCUGGCUUGCCACGAACAGAAGCAGGUGUUCGUUUGUAUAGUUUUACUGGUGUUCAUGCUGUCGAGUGUCCGUCUCGGAGUUCCAGACACUCGACGACCAAGUAAUCCUGCCUGCUUUCGUGUGACAAGAUGGCCGCCGUUUUCUCCACCACGUGGCAUUCGGUUAUACGAACAUCAGCCAUACAAAGAGAGCACUAAAUUAUUGUGGUUUCUUUGAACUUAAUGAGCCAGGGGGGUGGUCUGUAUUCGGUACUUUAUAGUCUUGAAUGGUAGAAGAAUAAGGGAAUCCCAGAUGAAGCUAAUUCCUGUACAGAGGAGGCUAAUUGCUUUGGCUAAGGCAAAAUAGGGGUUUUGUCACACAGUGCUGUGGUCAUGGAGACUGAAAUGUUUUUUUUUUUUAUUAAAAUUUUUGCAAUACCCCUUUUUAUUUUAUUAUUCACAGAACAGUGAUCUCUCCCUUAGUAAGAAAGUGAAGAUUAAGAAGGAAAACCCAGAUCUGCUGCAGCUCUGUCAUUUGGUGCCUUACGAGGUCAUUAAUCUAGGUAUGAUGGCAUGUAUAAACAGACGGAGUUAGACUUGCAAGUACAGGAAUGUUGUGUUUUUCUUUUUGUUUUGUUUUUUUUUAUAUUUAAAGCGGCACUGUCAUGCCAAAUUUUUUUUUUUUUUUUUUUUUUUUUUGCGCUCAGGAUUUUUAUUUUAUUUUAAGUUCGACGGUUAUGAUGGUUUUUUAUUUGGCCUUUUUUUGGGGCUGAAAAAUUAAGAUUUGAGAAAAAAAGAAGACGUUGAAUGUUAAGUUUAAUUUUACUUUACAGGUUAGUUAUUUUAUUCCCCCCCUUACUAUUUUUUAGGGUGAGGGUGGUAGGUAGGGACUUUUUUAUUUGGGUGGGGGGGUGGGUGUCUAGUGGCUUGGGGACCCCUAGUCACCUUGGGGGGGAAAUUGACUUAUGGCUGCCGCCCAGGGGUGGGGGGAGGACAGUAGGCCCCCCCCCUCAUUAUCAUUAUGGCUCCCACCCGCCGCCCAGGGGUGGGGGCGGGGGGAGGGAGGACAGUAGGUCCCCCCUCAUUAUCAUUAUGGCCCCCACCCGCCGCCCAGGAGUGGGGCAGUAGGUCCCCCACCCGCCGACCAGGGGUGGGGGAGCCGGGGGGGGCAGUAGGUCCCUCCCCUCCCCAUUAUCAUUAUGGCCCCCACCACCGCGCAGGGGUGGGGGCCGGGGGAGACACAUUAGGUCUCCCCCCUUAUUUUACUUUAGGGCCCCCACCUGUCGUUUAGGGGUGGGGGCCAAUAGUUUUAAUUUUUUUUUUUUUUUUUUUACAGUGAGCAGCUCACUGUUUACUAGACAUGCCCCUACUCGUGGUAUAGCGAGUAGGGGCAUAAUUUACUAAUACUACGUAAUCUUUACUUAGUAUUAGUAAAUUUGUCUGAAAGACCAAUUUAGGUCUUUCAGCCUUUUAGUAGAUAACUCCCUGAUACCGUGGGAAUUAGGGAGUUAUCUACUAAGCGGCUGCAAGAUGCAGCCACAGCACGAAUAGGAUCGGAGUUUCAUUCAUUCGAAUGAAAUUGCGAUCCGAAUAAAGUGACGAAUUGAGUUCUAAAAGAAACUAACAUACUGUUCUCAUUCAGUUAGAACGCAAUUCGGCAGUUUCAUGUAAAAUGACAGGAAGCAUCGUGGGAACACAGAGGAAAGGUGAGAAUUAUAGGAAAAUUGCUCUGACCAGCGGAAAUGAAGAACACUUUGCUCCUCCGCUGGUCAGAGCUGGUCAAGCGGAGGAAUCCUCCAUAAGGCAAAGAGUACCUACUUUGUCUUAUGAUUUUAAAGAAAACUAAAGAAGACCGGAAGAAAAGAACAGAUCCUGAGAGAGGGGGAGAAGAGGAAGAGAUUGAGGAAAGGUAAGUUCGGCAUGACAGUGCCGCUUUAAGGAAAGGAAUUUCAAAGAUUCAGAUUGAUAAUCAUACCAGGCCAUAACUCUCAUUUGCAGUGAAAUCAAAAGUGUGGAUAUAAAUCGGGAUUACAUUGAAUCUAAUGAUGAAUUGCUAUCUCUUCAGGAGGAAAAGGUUAUGGUCCUGGAGAUUCCGAUUAUUCCGAUUUUGAGAAUUGGUUGCAAUGCUACUUUGCUCCUGGAAUGAAAUCUCUGAGAGACCGCAAUGGGAGGACCAUUUGGUUUCAGGUGAGACAAAGCUUGGGAGGACCGAGAGACAACAGGGGCAAGAAAUUAUAUAUAUAAAUUAUUCCGGAGAACCAGGCUCUCCUAGAAAUCUGAGUGAACCUGUUAGAUGUGGAUUAGGAUUGUGCUUGUACAGGCAGGGAGAAUGAUGUAUGCUAACACCAUGAUACCACAUUGAAAGGUGAACUAUUAAUUCGCUCUAUGUUCCAUUAUAAUGUAACCAGUAAGAAUAAUUCUGUAUAAAUCUAAAACAAAUUAUUUGCGAUAUGAAUACAACUUUGCCACGGACACUAAUAAGCCAAAGCAUUUACUUCUGUCAGUGCAAGUAUAAAUUGCAUCGUUAAUACUAUGCACAUAUUAACAUCAUAGGCAGACCAUAAUACCUUUCUUAAUUUUGCAUAAAUAACAUUAUGAAGAAAUGACUUUCUUAUGAGCUUUCACGUUUUACGAUCACUUAAUGGUAUAUUGCGUAGGAAAUGGUCUAGUGUAUUAUUGCUUCAAUUAAGAAAAUGAUGCUAAAAUAAGGAAUUGGAAAAUAGUUUGACUCCGAGUGAAUCCUAUUCACUGGCUUUAUACAGGAAAUCCAUGUGGUGGCGGUGGUGGUUGUUUUUAUUUCUUUAGACUCUCCUGUAAGUGGCAACUAGCUCGCCCUCCCCGUCUCUUCACUAAUUUAUAAUUCAGUGUCUGUCCGUCUCAUUCUAGGGGGACCCAGGACCACUUGCUCCUAAAGGUGAGUUACAUUAUUGUGCCUACCUUUGGUUUUCACUAUGGUGCAGCUUCUGGCACUAACUAACGCUUUUUGCUAUUGAUCUGUAUGCCAUUUCCUUUUAUUUUAUUAUGUCACAACCCUCCAUACAGCAAUAUUCUCUUAACUGUGAAUUGUCUGGAAUUCCUCAGGGAAUUGUAAAUAAAAAAUUAAAAAAAGCCACAAAAGCUUAUCUGAAGGGUACCUGAAUGGUGAAUUCACAGCCAUUUCCUGUUAAGUGAAUAACUCUCUGCCUUGUAUCUAUAACUAUCCCUGUGUUACAGUAUGACAUAUAACUUCUGACGCUUGAGAUCUAACCUGUGAUAACUGUUUGUCAUUAUUUCCCAUCAUUUAUCUUAAAACAUCAGUUUGUCUUGCUAGCCCUUCACUUACUGACUUAUUCACUACUAGGGAGCAAAGCACGGAAGCAACGCAAGUCUGUUGAUAAAGAUCCAAGACCUGCAAAGGUAAACUUUACAAGCUAUUCACGGUGUGCUACAUGGCUGCAAACUCUGGGCUUAUUAAAAUAUUUCCUCUCCUUUUUAAUUUAAUAAGGACAAUAAAACUGUAUUGCCAGCAGUACAGUCUGUAGUUCUGGUGGAGCUCCCAUACUCAACCAGAGUAUCUACUUUCUCAAAUUUCGGGACCAGAGAUGUCAAAUCCGAUGUUCCAUGGGAUUAUGGGAGUUGUAGACCAAUAACAUCUAGGAUUCUAUGUUCCUACUUCACUUUCAGGAAUGGAUCCUUCACAAACACCAGUUUUUCAGUUAUACAUGAAAGCAAAGUGUUGUGUAUUUAUUUUUUUUAAAUUUGUUUACCAAAACCUACUCCAUUCUCUCUGUUCUUUCUUUCAGGUUGUAAGAACUGUAAAGAAACCUAAAAUUGCUGUAAGCAAAGAGGUCAAGGUGAAGAAAGAGGAAGUGGAGGAAGCAGUGAUUGACGAUAGAGCACCCAAGGUUUCCCGGAAAAAGAGAGGGCUGAAAGAAGUGAAUGAAGCGGAGAAAGAGCGUAAAGUUAAAAAAGAGAAACCGCAAAGAGGAAUAAAAGGUGGGGAUGGAGAAGAGAAAGAGAAGAUUGCUAGGAGAGCAUCACAACGGGGAUCUGCUCUGAAAACGCCUGUUCGAAAACAGCGGGGCAAGUCUGUAUCUGAGGAGCCUGUGCCUGUUAAAGUGAGACCACGGCGACUGAAGUCUGACAGUGUGUCCUUAUCACAGGACUCUCCUAAACCAAGACCAAGGGCUCUAAGGAAAAAAAGUAAGGGUCUUCUGCGUAUAAACACCCAUAUGAUCUACUUUUCUAUACCAAAUGUGCAAGAAUAAACUAUAUAUAGAAUACAGAAAUAGGGCGCCACUUAACACAAGAAUUAAUAGUUAGUAUAUUUAAAACAUUCAAUAUGUGCUUAAAAGCUGGUGCCUCAAAUAGGCUGAGUCCACAGGUCUAGCAGUCCGUAGUAAUGGUCUAUGCAGAUUGAUGGAAAUGGACCGAAGUAUUCACCACCAGACGCUUAGUUCAUCUUUCUGGGUAAGGAUCUGCUCAACGCGUUUCGUCUUUUGGAUAUUCAGACUUCAUCAGGAGAUUGCUUGUGUCUUCUUAAUUUGGCAUUUAAAUAUGCCGAGUGGCGUCCCGUUCGUGUGUCUGCGCCCGCACGGCCGUGCACAAAUGUGAUGACAGACCAUCCAUCUGCGUCGACUGCGCGCGUUCCAUCGUGGAAGGCAAACGCGCUCGGUCGAUGCCGAUGGAUGGUAUGUCAUCACGUUGGCAUAUUUAAAUGCUGAAUUAAGACACAAGCAAUCUACUGAUGAAGUCUGAAUAUCCAAAAGACGAAACGCGUUGAGCAGAUCCUUAACCAGAAAGGUGAACUAAGCGUCUGGUGGUGAAUACUUCGGUCCAUUUACAUCAAUCUGCAUAGACCAUCACUAAGGCUGAGUCCACAGGUCUAGCAGUCUGUAGUGUUGUGUGGUGUGUGGGUUAUUUUUUUAUUUUUUUAUUUUUUUUUUCUGUAAGAACAAUAAGGAUGUGGAAUUCUCUGCCUUAAGAAGUUGUUUCAUCAGAGUCCAUACAGAUGUUCAAACUGCAACUAGAUGCACACUUGCAAAAACAGAAUAAUCAAGGAUCUAAUUUUUCAAUGUAGGGUCUGCCAUUCUAGGGUCGAAUGUUAUUUAUUUAUUUUUAUUUUUUUCUAGUUUGUUGCAAUAUUGGAAGUGCUUCAAACUUUUUUUUGGCCGCCUUUUGGAUCAACCACGAAAAACAAAUGUGAGGAAGGUUAAACUUGAUAGAUGCAAGUCUCUUUUCAGCUAUGUAAAUAAAAUAAAUGAGAAAAUUUUUUUUUUUUUAUAUAUAUUGAAUUAUAAUUUUUUUUAAAUUUAUUUAUUAUAUCACUCAGACAAAUUAAAACGCGUGAGAAAACCAUUGUCGUGUGUGGUAAUUAAGACUGCUGAGAGUUUCUGGGUAAAUUUGGAAAUGGUGACAACUGUAUUUAUGCUAGCCUUCAUCGGGUAUAAUCAAAUCUCUCGAUAUUAUUAUUAUUAUUAUUAUUAUUAAUUAUUAUUAUUAUUAUUUAUAUAUAAAUUUAAUCUAAUUUAGUAGAUUUUAAAUUCUGGUAAAAAAAGUUUAACUUUUAAGGCAAAUUAGCCAUGUGGGCUACUAAAGUGAGAAUUACAUUUCAGGCCAGAGUAGCCUAAUUGAAAGCAUUGCUCAUUUAGAGAAUUUUCUAGUUUGGCUAAUAAAACUUGAAAUUCACUUUGAAUUCUCACUUUAGUGCAUAACCUUGACAGAGUACUUUGCACGAAUAGAAGAUUUACAACAUGUAUUUGCUUUUCUUUUUCUGUUUUUGUCUUUGCUGAUUUCUUUUGUUUCUACCACUAGUUUGACGUGGAAUUCCUACUGAACACACAUCUUGACCAAGUGCUUCAACCAACUUGUUUAAUCUGUCACCGAUGCUGAAAUAUCUAGACCUUUCAAGAUCUCUUGUAGAGAAUUAAUUUUACAUUGUUUCAUGUAUGUAAUCUGUAUGUUUUUUUUUAAUUGUGUUUUUAUCCUCUCUUCUCUUUUUUUAGUUUUUGUAUAAACUUGGAUUAUGAAAUACAUUGUAAUAAAUAUUUUACCUUCAUUUUUUUAAAACUACAUAAAAUAAAUAAUUAUUUUUUCCAAUGCAUGUGAUACAUAAUUUAUUGGCAUGUACUGGAAUUUGCAAUGUCAAUCGCUUAAAGGUAAACCGAC